CGAAAGUGUCAACACCAACGCUGCAGCCGGAUCCGCCUGUGAAUAGCGCACAUUACAGAUCUCAAGUUAUCGAAUCACAUGUGACAGGUUUUAGCUUGCUUUUUGUCGGGCAGGACAUCGGACUCCGAUCCCACCAGUGGGCCUGCCGACGCCCCGAAUCCCGACGCUGGUUGGUGAUUUGCGUCUCUGCUCCUUGCCUCCCUACGCCCUUUCUUGAUGCCGUUCUCUCUUCUCCCCCUGUGCACCUGCACCCGUACAAUUAUAUUAUUCUUCGAGUGUUCUUGCUGCCGGCUGGGUGUUGAUUACUUUCGUUUGACCCGUGAUUGUUUCUUGUAUCCACCACAGUCCUAAUUUCUUGCCCAUAGAGUCUGUGGAUGCGUCGGGAGUAGCCACAGCUCAGCAAGAGAAUCGAGUCAAUUAUUACCUCUACCUUCAUGGCAUUCGCUCACCCCUCCAAUAUAGCAAUGACCAGCAAAGAUGUCCCCGCCGGCGACCAGGCAAAGGACUUCAAGGACACCGCAGAGGCCGAGGUGUCGCAGGGGAGCAAGUUGGAGAGAAGCCCCUCGAGUCCUAAAGAGUCGGCCGACUCGCCUGAAGCCGAAUAUCCUGGGCCUCUACAGGUCGCCCUCAUCAUGAUCUGUAUCCUGUGUGCCAUAUUUAUCAUGUCGCUGGACCGCACGAUCAUUGCAACCGCGAUUCCUCAGAUCACCAACGAGUUCAACAGCCUGGGCGAUAUCGGGUGGUAUGGCAGUGCGUUCAUGGUGUACGGCUUCUACCCGGCCAAGUACGUCUUCCUGGCGCUGGUAUUUCUCUUUGAAAUCGGGUCGGUGAUUUGCGCCACGGCACCCAACUCACUCGCCUUCAUUCUGGGGCGAGCGAUCGCUGGCAUGGGGAGUGCGGGUAUCAUGUCCGGGGCAAUCGUGCUGAUGAUGUCGGCGGUGCCACUGCACAAGCGGCCACUGUAUAACGGGUUCUUCAGCGCAGUACUGGGCACCUCCUCCGUGGUGGGCCCCCUGCUAGGAGGCGCCUUUACCAGUGAGGUCAGCUGGCGCUGGUGUUUCUACAUCAACCUGCCGAUCGGGGGCGCCGCCAUGUUGUGGGGUGGCAGCAAGUACGCCUGGGGAAAUUGGCGCGUCAUCCUGCUGUUCGUGAUGUUUGGCCUCUGCCUGAUAAUCUGGCGUCGUGGCGGCGAUGUGGUUUAUGUUCUGUCUGGCAUCGACGAUGUUGAUGCUGCUCUACUACCUUCCCAUCUGGCUGCAGGCGAUCAAAGGCCGCACCGCCGUGCAGUCCGGCAUCGACACCCUGCCGCUGGUGCUCUCGCUGGUCGCCGGCAGCACGUUGUCCGGCCAACUGGCGCUGGGCUAAUUUCCACGUGGCACGUUGACACGAGCGCCGGCAUGUGGAUCGGCUACCAGAUUAUCCUGGGCUUCGGGAUCGGGUUAGGCAUGCAGCACGCCGCCAUCGCCGUUCAGACCGUCCUCCAGCCCCGCGACAUCCCCGUCGGCGUCUCUCUCGUCUUCUUUUGCCAGCAGCUGGGCGGUGCCAUCUUCGUCUCCGUUGGCGAGAAUGUUUUUGACCGUAAGUUGAUUGCCGGCCUGACCCGCGUCCUCGACGACCUCGACCCCGAAUCCAUUAUCAACACCGGCGCCACCGAUCUGCGCAGCAUUGUUCCGGCCAAAGACUUGCAUACCGUCCUGGUGGAGUAUAACACCGCUCUGCACUGGGUGUUCAUCGUCGGCACCAUCAUGGCCGCACUCUCCGCCUUGGGCGCAUGUGCACUGGAAUGGAAAAGCGUCAAGGGGAAGCAAGGCGGGCCUGGUGACGAGGAGAAUUAGUAGUAGUAGCGGCUCACUCAGUGCACUCGGGGUGCGGGAGGAGCAAAGAGUGUUCUGGAGGUAUUGCUUAUGUUAUAUUGAGGGGUGAAGAGAGCCGAGGUGUUGGGGCCGAGGACGUGACUUUUUGAGGAAAGUGGGAGAAGCAAACAGCUAACGCUGACCGAUGCAUGACUUGUUCCU